CAGAUCAACUUUUUCACUUCUUUUUUCAUUCUCAUUCAUUUUUCCUCACUGAAACAAGACUCAAUAUAACAAGUUUUGUUUCUUAAAUGAACAUGCACCAUUUUGCAGGUCAUAGUUCUGGCCUAAACACAUUAUUCUACCUAGUCAUUUUCCCUAUUCUCUUCAAUGCAUCCACCACUUAUCAAAUAUCUAAUUCUAGUAAUGAUCAUUUGGGGGUCCCUAAUAUCGAAUAUACUAACCGUAGAAAGCUCUUAUCCUACAAUGGUGAUAUUCUUGCCAUCAAUCCAUCACUUAAUUUUGAGAAUUUUAGGUUAAAGAAUGCAUACAUUGCAUUACAAGCUUGGAAAGAAGCCAUUCUCUCUGAUCCUCACAAUAUAACCGCGAAUUGGAUAGGAUCUAAUGUGUGUAACUACACUGGAGUUUUCUGUUGGCCAUCUCUUGAUGAACCCUCUGAACUCACUGUUGCUGGUAUCGAUAUCAACCAUGGCGAUAUAGCUGGUACUCUUCCACAUGAAUUAGGCCUGUUAUAUGAUAUUGCAUUGUUUCAUAUAAACUCAAAUAGGUUUUGUGGUACUAUCCCUGAGAGUUUCUUGAAUUUGAAGCUCCUUUUUGAGUUAGAUGUUAGUAACAAUCGGUUCGUUGGCAAGUUUCCUGAUGUGGUAGUCCAAUUGCCUAAUUUGAGGUUUCUUGAUUUGAGGUUCAAUGAGUUUGAAGGUGAGCUACCAAGGCAAGUUUUUGAAAGGAGUUUUGAUGCUUUGUUUAUUAACAAUAACAGAUUUUCUUCUGAGUUGCCUGAUAACUUUGGGAAUUCGCCUGUUUCUGUCAUGGUUUUGGCAAACAACAAGUUUAAGGGAUGUAUACCGGUUAGUUUGGGAAAAAUGGCUAAAACAUUGAAUGAAUUGCUUCUUAUAAAUAACAAUUUCCAUUCAUGUUUGCCUAAUGAGAUUGGAAUACUGAAGAACUUGACAGUGUUGGAUUUGAGUUAUAAUCAAAUUGUUGGUACUUUACCUGAGAGUAUUGGAAAUAUGGAGAGCUUGGAGCAGUUGAAUUUGGGUCAUAAUAUGUUGUCUGGGAAGAUAUCUGACAACAUAUGUAGACUUCCAAAUUUGAACAAGUUUGUCUAUGACAACAACUACUUUUAUGAAGAGAGUCCAGCUUGUCUAAAUCUGAAUGCAUUUGCUGAUCAACAGAAUUGUCUUAGAGGAAGGCCUAUGCAAAGACCUGCAUUGGAUUGCCAGAGAUUUUUGUCUAAAAAAGUUGAUUGUAACACUUUCAAAUGUGCAUUACCACCUCCAUUACCUACCCCUCCACCAACCAAUUGUUGUUCUUGUUCACCUCCACCACAACCAUCACCGCCACUGCCAUCACCAUCUCCACCGCCACCUAUUGAGCCACCAUCAUCUCCACCACCUUUAUCACCUCCAAUUUAUUCUCCCCCACCUCCAACAUUGUCACCUCCACCACCUCCAACUCCUUGCAAUGCUAGUCCACCGCCACCUCCACCAAGCUGUACACCACCUCCUACAUUCUCUCCACCUCCACCAAGCAUAUCAUCGCCUCCGACGCCACCUUCUCCACCCCCACCAACUCAAAUAUCUUCUUCACCUCCACCACCAAACAUUCCACCACCUCGACCUUCACCUCCAUCAUGUGCAGAACAGGCAAUACCACCAAGUCAAGAUAUGUCUCCUCCUUCACCUUGAAGUGUAAUAUGAUCACAGGUUACUCUUCAUGGUUAUUACCUCAUCUUCCUCAUAGAAUGGAAGUUCAAAUCAUACUUCAUUACAGGCACAUCUGCACUACAGUUUUGUUAGAGAACCAUGCAGAAGAGGUGUGAAUUGAGCCUCAUUUUUUUGUAGGACUAGUGUAGAAGAGAUUCUAGAUGAAACUAUUAUUCAAGUUAUCUAACUCGUCUCUAGAAUUCUUAAUAAAACGCCGAACAUGUUGCGUGAAUUGUUGGUAUAGACUAGUUUUUCUCCUGAAACAACAAUAUUGUAGUUGAUCACGAAAAGGGGACUAGCUCCUUUUUUUCCAAAAAGAAUUUAAGAACAUCUCUCAGGUUACACUGCU